AUGUCUGGGGCGGGAAGCGGCUCGGCGGUCCAGCCUGACGAUAUGGACGAUGACGAGGCCCUCCGAUAUGCCAUUGCCCUAUCGUUGCAGGAACCUGAAAAGGAGUCUCCCGAGCCCGCCAAGCCAGAGGAGUCACAACCCGACCACGGGCCACAAGCUGCAGGAAACUUCUCGCUACGCCUACUAGACAGAAAGGCAAUGGAAGAGGCGCGGCUACAGAGAUUAGCUGCAAAGCGACCCCGUCCGGACCAGGAGACGACCCCUGACGAUGGCGACGAUGUCAUCGAAGUGCCACCCCCCAAGAAGAUGAAAUCUACAGGAACCAGCACCCCCAAAGCCCCCAAAGCCGCCCCUGUGUCGGCCUCUUCAUCCGCACAGCCGGCGUCAAGUAACUAUUUCCCCGAUGGUGUUGUCAAGAGGACAUGGGCAAGGGGCCACCCGCGGGCCUCUGAUGAUAUCAAAAUCGAGGAGGUGUUCCAGAAAGAAAAACUGGAACUCGCACUCAUAUCCUCUUUCCAAUGGGACGAGGAAUGGAUGCUCUCCAAGGUAGAUCUCAGAAGGACCAAACUACUCCUACUUGCAUUCGCCACAAACGAGACCCAACAACAAGAGAUGCAGGCCAAUGCACCCCCUAAUGUCCGCUUCUGCUUCCCGCCAAUGAAUGGCCCUGGUGCCAUGCACUCCAAGUUGCAGCUUCUCAAGUACCCCGACCAGCUUCGGAUUGUCGUCCCUACCGGCAAUCUGGUCCCUUACGAUUGGGGGGAGACGGGCGUAAUGGAGAAUAUGGUGUUCUUGAUCGAUCUUCCUCGCCUAGGCGAUGCCGCCGACCACAAACCCACCCAGUUCAGCACGGAGCUAGCGAGAUUUCUGACCGAGGCCAAGGUCGACGACAGGAUGGUCGACAGCCUCACCAGCUACGACUUCUCACGGACCGAGAGGCUUGGGUUUGUUUACUCUAUUCCCGGAUCACAUACCAACGAUUUGCGCAGGCGGACAGAGGGGACCUAUGGCAUGGCGGUGGCGGCCUUGCUGAGAACUAAUUUAGGGUAUUGUGGCCUCGGCAAUGUGGUGUCCAGCCUUGGGCUCGCUACCACAUCUCCGAUCGAGGUCGACAGUGUUGUACCCGCUAAUGUCGGUACUUGCCAGAGCGCCUCACUUGGGUCCCUCACGAGCGACCUAAUCACAUCAAUCUACAACGCCUGCCAAGGAGAUAAUGGCAUGAAGGAAUACAACGCCAGAGGUACCCGGAAGCCAGCAGGAGCAUCGCAUUCCACGCCGCAGCUGUUGAGGGACCAUUUUCGUAUCUACUUCCCGACAGAGGCCACUGUCGUCAACACCCGUGGCGGAAGAGGGGCGGCGGGGACGAUCUGCGUUCAGGCCAAGUGGUGGCGCCAGCCCAGGUUCCCCACAGACCUGGUUCGCGACUGUGUCAGCUCUCGGAAGGGGCUUCUCCUGCACACCAAGGCCAUCUUCGUCCACGCGGCGGAGGUCGCCGACGCACCCAGCCACAAGGCUAGCGCCUGGGCUUAUGUGGGUAGCGCCAACCUCUCCGAGAGCGCCUGGGGCCGCCUAGUCAAGGACAGCAAGACCGGCAAACCGAAGCUGAACUGUCGGAACUGGGAGUGCGGAGUAGUCGUGCCCGUGCUAGAGGCCAACGGCAAGGCGCGGCCUACCACCAAGGGAGCUUCGGCGGUGGCAACUAGUUCUGCUGGGACCGAGGCGGGCAGCAGAGGCAGCAGCAACUUAGGAGAAUUGUUCGCAUCUACAGUGCCAAUGCCAAUGCUAGUCCCGGGUCGAUUGUACGGGCCGAAUGAGGAGCCAUGGUUUUACGCCGAUUCGUAA